AUGAACCCCUCCCCCCCCCUAAUAAAGCACAGCGCAUACCCCCUAGCCUCCCUUGGCUACGCAAACUGGAUCCUCCGCAACUACGGCUACAAGACCGUCUUUAUCUUUGGUCUGUGUCUAUACGGUAUCGGAGCUCUAUGCAUGUGGCCUGCGGGACUAAACCAAUCAUUCAGUGGCUUCUGCGGAGCCACCUUCGUCAUUGGAUCCGGACUGGGGUCUCUCGAGACAGCAGCUAAUCCUUACCUCACAGUCUGCGGUCCCCCCGGCUACUCUGAAAUCCGAAUCAACUUCGCCCAGGCCUUCAAUGCCAUUGGCACAGUCGUCGGCCCAGUACUGGGCUCGUACGUCUUCUUCUCAGAGACAGAGGACGACGUAGCAGCCCUGCAGCGCGUACAGUGGGUUUACCUCGCCAUCGGUGUCUUCGUCUUCUUGCUCGCCGGCGUAUUCUUCCUAUCCAAGAUCCCCGAAGUCACAGAUGCGGACAUGGCUUUCCAGGUUGCGCAGACCCAUGUCGAUGAGCAGGAUAAGCCGUUCGGGAAACAGUACAAGUUGUUCCAUGCGACACUGGCGCAGUUCACGUAUACAGGCGCGCAGGUUGCUAUCGCGGGCUACUUCAUCAACUACGUCAAGGACACCUGGCCGGGUACACCGAAUGCCACAGCGGCGAAGUAUCUUGCCGGCGCGCAGGGCGCGUUCGCAGUCGGCCGGUUCCUCGGCUCGGGGAUGAUGAAGUUCGUGCGGGCGCGCUGGGUCUUCCUGGUGUAUUUGUCGUGCACGGUGGCUUUUCUCGCGGCGUCCGUGACGCAGACGAAGCAGGUUGGGGUUGUCAUGUUAUUCAUGACACUAUUCUUUGAGUCUGUUUGCUUCCCGACAAUCAUGGCACUGGGUAUCCGUGGCCUCGGGCGCCAUUACAAGCGUGGCUCUGGGUUGAUUGUUGGUGGUGUUUGUGGAGGAGCUGUCGUGCCGCCUAUUCUGGGACAUGUGGCUGAUAUGCGUGAUAACACCGGAUUCGCGUUUAUUAUUCCGACUAUGUUCAUGGUCGCUUGGACUUAUGCUCUUGCUGUUAACUUUGUUCCGUCGUACACAAACACCGUGGACAAAAUUGGUGAGAGUGAUGUUGGUACUGAUCGUCCGAGUACGAAAGAUGAGGAAGCUGUUGUGGGGUCUCAUGCUAUUGAUGAGACUGUAGGUGAGAAGCACCAAGCCCUGCAUGUGGAGCGGUAG